CCGAAUCCUUUCCUCGACCCCUUCCACCCCUCGAUUGACUAACAAAUCCGAUCCUUGUUGUCAAACUCCCGAUUCUUUCCUCAACAACAGAUUCAUCACGACCUAAUCCCCAACUCCUAUCGAUGGGCGGCGCCGCCGACAACGCCCGCAAUCGAGGCCGGCUGGCCUCGAUUCUGCUCGCCCGGAAAGCACGCUUCACCGACGCCACCAACGGCACCACGGCCACUGCCAAAUCCAAAGAUGGCUACACCAUGGCGCUCUCCUUCUGGGUGGCCGACCCGCCGCAGCUCUCCCUCUUCUCCGUCCACUGCUCCAAUCCCCCUGGUUCGCGAUACGCCAUCGACCCCAGUUUCGUACAUCCGCCACGCGUGGUCGGCGCGGACGGCCCUUUCGUCCUCCUCCGCGCCGGCUUCUACGCCGCCGCCGGCACCCGCGAGUAUUUCCUCUACAAGGCCGCCACCGGUGACGCCUCCCCGUCGCUCGACCGGAUUCCUUCUCCCGGCGAGUCGCGUUAUGAUCGUGGCGAUGAUCUGCGCGGGGUCAGGGAGUUUGGCAUCCUCGGCCACGGGGGCGGCGGGCACUAUCUCGUGGCCGCUCUCCGUGACGCACCGUCGUCCUCGUCCGACGACUACCAGCUUCGAAUCUACUCGUCCGAGAGAAAAUCAUGGAGCACCAGGACGCUGCAGAAUCCAUGCCCUGGGGUCGACAGGGUUGUACCCGACAAGGUGAUCACGCUUGGACAAGGUGGCUUGCUAGGCUGGGUCGACCUGUCGCACGGCAUCCUGGCGUGCGACUUGCUUCGUCUUCAAGAUCCCGAUCCCGAUCCCACUGCUGCUGCUGCUGGUGGUGGUGUAAGCUUCUUCAUCCCGUUGCCUCAGCCGUUGCCUGGAAACAGGUACAAACAGAAACAUCCCAUCCCCCCCGCCAAAAAGAUGAAGAUGCACCCUCUAGCGGAGGAACCAACCCCCUCAGCAAGCUGGUUUCGGGACAUCACAUGCGUCAACGGCGUGCUCACCUUCAUCGAGAUGGAGAAUCCUGCUCCUCCUGAAAACGAGGAUAACACCGUCUCCGAUUCAGACUUGAUCACGUGGCUUAAGCGCAAGGCCGUGGAUAGCAACUCCAAGCUGCAGCUGUCCUCCUUUAGGGAUGACUGGAGGGCUGUGACGUGGACUCGCAAAGUUUCGCCGCCAUCGUCGUCACCGGCGGCUAACUGUUGGCGCCAGACACGCGUUGCUCAUGUUGCUGACGUAAAGGGGAGUGAACAGCUGGUGACAUUCAGGGACCUCUACUCAGCGUUCCCCGUCCUGAGCCCUGCUGACGAUGGUAACGAUAUCCUCUAUCUCAAAUCUCACGCGGAACCUGCUCAUCAGGAUGGAUGGGUGGCUGCUCUUGACUUAGAAAACAAGGCACUCAACGCAAUUGCACAGUAUUAUCUUCCGGAUUUUUGGUACUUCAACCAUAAGUUUGACCCUCACCAUCCUUUCCGUGCAUGUACAUUGCCUAGACAUAUGGAUAUUACUCCAGGCAUUCAAGUCUCAGCGUUUCGCAAUACCACAAAGGCCAGCAGCUCCGCAGAUCAGCCAAGCGACACCUCGGAUAGUGGUUCGAAAGAACCAAGCUCUCCACGGAGCCAAUUCCAAAGGGUAUUUGAACUGGCUGAGAAAUUAAGGCGUGAAAAAAAUCCACCUGAGAGUAUUAUACAGAAUGAUCAUAUUUCUUCCCAGGUCCAUCCUGUUGCAAACAAUCUGCCACCGCAGAAAUUCUUCAACAAGCCAGAUGGCCCUGGGUAUGCAUCGUUGGCCCUUGUACAUGGUUGUCACAACUACCAGCCACUGUGGCCACCAUCAAAACAACAAUCGACAUCUAGCAGUCCAUUUGGACCUCAUGAGGCACCUUCAUCACGCAUCAACAGUUUCAAUGGAGGCAGCUACCAUGGGUAUUAUUCACAACAACUUUCUGCCCCUAACUCAUUUGCCUAUGGCGCAUACACAGGCUAUGGCAACAUCCAACAGCAGUGGCAACAGCUUACCCCUACUCUGGAGCAGCCUAUUGGUGCAUCUUGGCAACAUCCACCUCCUCCGGUGCAGCGUCAGCCAACACCUCAUGAGAAUCCCACAUCAUCUGCCACCACAUUCAGAGGUGGAGUAGAAGCGCUUGCUCGUAGCGAAGCGAGGGCUCCAAGUCCAUGGCAAUGUUGUUGCGCUCGCAGCUUGAGAUGUACUUGCUCCAAAUGAUCAUCAUCGAUUGGAAGGGUGAGUAGACGGUGCUCAAUGACAUAAAUCUGCACUGAUCUUUACAAUGAUGUCUCAAUUUCAAUUAAAUUUUGCUGUAUGUUAUCCAUGACGUAACUUGAGACUGGAAGCUCCAAAAAAAAUUUACAGCACAAGGGGGAUGGUCGCUAGUGGUAUGCCACGCCAACAUUAUUUAAUGUGGUCUAUAUGGUCGUCUCCCUAGCUUAUAUGAGUAUAAACACCAAGCACAAACAUGUCUGUUGCUUCGCUGUCCGUUUAUGACAUUUCAGAAGUUGUAGACUCAAGGAAACAUAUCUCCAUUGUGAGUAGUGCUCUAUUCUGCAGCUCUGAAUUUUCUGAUAUGGUGAGAGCUGACGUUGUGAUUCUUUGAUAUAUUCAAGAAACAAUUGGCAUCUACAAGAUAAAACUGAAGGGAGAUAGUAGCUUGAUGCAGUUGAAGCUUUGCCAAGCUGUUUCGUGCCAUUCAUUUUUUUUCUUCCUGUGCACUGUAAACAAAAAUAAAAUAGUGUGAUGAAUGUUGUUCAGUUGCUUCAGAUGGUAUUUAAUAUUUUGCAGAAGGGACAAAGGUGUACAUAGUUAACAAUAUUGGUUAUUUUGCAAAUAGCAGAUGUGAGGCAGAAGUAGUAUUCCUACUCACACGCACUCCUUUAAACCUCCAAUUUCCUCUUUGUGAUUCAACAUACUAGAAAUGCCCUCGGAGCAAAUCAGAAACAAAUAUGCGGAUAGUGGAUCC